CAAAGGAGGCCUAUGUUUUCGCAACUGAAGUUUGGCGGUAGUUGAAUUGAUCGAUAACAUUUCCUGACCCGCUUUGUUUCAAGGCAGUUAUGGAGAUACUGGACGAGGAACAACUCAAGAUGGCAGAGACACUGCUAUCUGACCUCUUUCCUCAGUCGUUGCAAGUGUAUGGUUACAUUUUUCAAAUGAACAGAGUUAAAGCUGACCAUAUGGAUGUACUGGUGGACCGCUGGCCAGAUUUCAGAGUAAUCCUCACCCGACCACUGCGGGAGAAGGAUGAUUGCUUCAAAGACAUAAGUGUUUACUCCAAAGAUGGGGAUAAACUAAAGAAAAUAUUGCUUGAGACAGAAAUUGUCAACUGGGAAAACUAUCUUUGCUUAGGUGUAGACUUGUGUUACGAGGAAAUGAUAACAAGUAUAGCUGCCACCAGAGGUGCAACUGGAAACAAGUUAGUUGUGUGUCAUGUGCUGAGACUGCAGGAUCCCUCUCACCUCCCACAAACAGACAGCUCAACAGUAGCAAUAUCCUCCCUUGAUGAGUCACACAUUUCUUUGGUUAAUAAGACCUGGAAGUUUGGGGAAGGAGAACACAGCGUGGAGUUUAUCAAGAACAUGAUCCGCUAUUUACCCACCUGCUGUGUUUUGGAUACCGAUGGUCAACCAGUGGCCUGGGUUUUAACGUAUGCUUAUUGUGCCCUGGGAAUGCUUUACACACAGCCAGAGCACAGAGGGAAAGGUUAUGCAAAAAUCCUUAUCAGUGCUAUAUCAAAGAAGCUCCACACUCAGGGUUACCCUGUGUUUUGUUUCAUAGAAGAAGAGAACCAGCACUCAUUUAGGCUUUUUAAAAGUUUG